AUGUCUGUGAGUCCGUUCUUCCGUCGUCUUGUUGCUCCCUCGCCUAUGAUGAGCCGCACUUUGCGUGUGCAGCCUGUCUCGCGUAUGUGUGCUAUGCCUGUCCGGUCGUACAUUGCGCCGAGUGUGGCCCGCACACUCCCUCGCACUGCGCCUCGUGCCGGAUUUAUUGCGUCACUCGGCCUCGUGGCUGGUGGCUCUCUUCUUGCAGGACAAUCGUUGUUCUCGGAAAAGAACCACAUUGAAUGCCAAUCCGCUUUUGCGAAGGAGCAUGAGAUCCCCAUGCCAGGUUCGAAGCCUGAACCAGAAAGUAUUGUGAACCUGUACAAGUUGUCGUUUGGCACUGUAUGUGGUCUUUGCGCUGGCAUCUUUAUCAAGAAGGGUUUGAAGCUUAUUGCCGUGCUCCUCGGUGCUUCGUACGUGCUUCUUCAAUACCUGGCAUCCAAGCGUCUGAUCACAAUCGACUGGAAGAGUCUGCAGACCAGCUACAACUCGUCGGUGGAUCGUCUGGCUGGCCCUGCUGACAAGGCGAAGAGUGGUAUGACGCAGUACCCUCUUGUGCGCAUUUGGAACCGCAUGGUCGAGUUCCUUACGAGCAACUUCCAGGAGCGUGCCACCUUUAUUGCUGGUCUUGUGCUGGGUCUCCGUCUCGGAUAA